CAGUGCGUUAUAUGCUGUGCGCCACUCUGUUGUCCGCUACAGUGUUUCCAUCAGCCUGCUCCACCACCCUGAACUCAGCACGGACAGCCUGCCAUUAGCGACACAAACCGCUUGUUAUCGGUAGAUUGGUCCCAAUCGUCAUCAGAAAUGGAAGCGGAAUCCUCCACCAGUCAGUGCAGAUACAGUUACGAAGAGUAUAAGGAAACAGCAGACUGGUUGCUGGCCCAAACAAAGCAGCGUCCUAAAGUAGCCAUCAUCUGUGGUUCAGGCCUGGGCGGACUGGCUGACCUCUUGGGUGACAAGACUGUGUUCCCUUAUAAGGAAAUCCCACGUUUUCCCACCAGCACUGUGCCGGGCCAUGCCGGACAGCUGGUGUUCGGGAGCCUGCAGGGCCGUGACUGUGUCUGCAUGCAGGGGAGAUUCCACUUUUACGAGGGUUACAACAUCCACACGGUGACGUACCCGGUGCGAGUCUUCUACCUCCUGGGCGUGGAGACUGUGAUCGUGACAAACGCUGCGGGAGGACUUAAUGGCAGCUACAACGUGGGUGACAUCAUGCUCAUUAAGGAUCACAUUAACAUGCCCGGCUUUGCGGGGCAAAACCCGCUGUGUGGACCCAAUGACAUCAGGUUUGGAGAGCGCUUCCCUUGCAUGUCGGACGCGUAUGACCGUGAUCUGAGGACUCUGGCCAGGCAGACAGCAGAAGAGCAGGACUGCGGCGGCUUCCUGCAGGAAGGGGUUUACUGCAUGCUGGCUGGACCGUCAUACGAGACCAUUGCAGAGUGCAAACUCCUGCAGAUGCUGGGGGCUGACUGUGUGGGUAUGAGCACUGUUCCAGAGGUGGUGGUGGCUCGUCACUGUGGCUUGCGUGUCUUGGGUUUGUCCCUUGUCACCAAUAAGGUCGUGACAGACUACAACAGCGCUGAGAAGGCCAACCACGAGGAGGUGCUGAGGACCACCCAGCGAAGAACCCAGGACCUGGAGAGGCUCGUGAGCCAUCUCAUCGGCAAGAUCUAGUACCUUCAUCUGAUAUAUGCAGGCAAAACACGUGUAUAGACUUAUAAUGAAGUCGUUAGCGUUGAACAAAGGGAGGGGGACGUGGUUUUUUGUGGCUAAUUUGUCACGUAUUUUUGUAUUGCAUUGGUAUGGAGCGAAGCAAACAAAUAUUUAGAAUGUCAAUAUGAUAUAAGGAUAUGAUAGCUUGAAAAGUCCACAGUAUUUGAUGGAUGUUGGCAAUAUUAAAUGUGUCUUUUGCUAUUCAGUGCUUCACAGCAAGAUGUUUAUACCCCUGGAUCCAGUCCUUAUGAAUCACUUUGAUGGAGACAGUUUGCUCAAAUUGUUUCUCAGAGGUGUUGUAUCUACAAAUUGAAAGAAAAAUAAAUAGCAAAUUUUCCAUUGAUUUGAAAGUUUAGUGUUGGUUUUUAUUGGUUUGAAUUUUUCGUGUAGCACUGUGACAUCCUGAAAAAUAAUUCAGUUUGAAAAACCUACUAUUAAAUGGCGAAAUGUGAGUUAAUGCACUGCUCCUAACAUCAACUAUAACAUUUGAAUUCCAUUUAACUUCUAUUUUCAAGAAUGUAAUGUGAUUUAUUUGUCUUAAGUACUACUUGAAGAAUCCAUUCUUCUUUAUUUUUGCACUUUUCAAUUUAGUAAAACCAAUGGAAAAAUAAACUUGGAAAGCUGGAGAAAUCAAAUGAUAUCUAUUUUUAGAAGAAAAAUAAUUAUUUCAUCAAGUUUAUAUAUAUUAUAAUGCAAUAAACUCAAAACAAAGAAGUAACGUUUGGGAAGCAGUGCCUUAAAAGGUGACAGGCGGAAAUAGCCUUUGUGGGCUUGUGGUUUGAAGCAGGCACCUUUAUAUAUAUAUUGAGAACUGAAAUUUUGAUUUUUUAUUUGUGUAUCCACAUUCUGUGGUGGCUACUUGUUAUUAUUGUGCACCGCUCUCUAGAUCAUAUCCUCAUAUAUCCCAGAUCAUGGAACAGUUAAUGUGAUAUGAGCACACCGUGGCUGUUGUGCAACUCCACCAGUGUGUAUUUCUAUCCAGCGUUUGUGUUGCUGGGUUGUUGUCCCAACAAUGUAACGGAUGGGAGACAGUUCUGUGAUCAGUUUAUGCUGCUCCCAAUAAUAAAUAGUAAUAACUUUUACAUUUGAAUGUCAUGUCAUGCAAGUAUGAUCUCCGGCUCGCAGCCUGUUCUUAUGAAGUCUCAACAUGUCUUUAGUUUUAUUUCGCCUUGUUGAAGAUGUUCCUUUAAAACCCUACAUUGUUCACCAUUGUGUAUAUUAUAUGAAUACACACUAUAUGUCUUGUUUGCAUUUAGCAACAGUAUAUUACUCCAAGCAAGCAAAAGAUGUUUUCACUGCUCUUAUGCGUUGGCCAUGUUGGUGCUUGAAUAGUUUAUAAAUGUCAUAAACAAAUCGUAGUGACUUUAUUUGCUGAUUGAAUCAGAUAUGAAGCUAUUUUAAAACUAUAAUGUAUUUAUUAAAAACAUGUGGAAAUAGCAUGUCAAUCCAUAUCCCUGAUGGAUGUCCAUUUCCAAUAAGGAGUUUUCUAAUUCUAAUCUAUUCUGAAAGAAUUUUGGAAAUCCAAGGCUAAUUUGGUCAAGCACUACUGAUGUAUGAAUGUUUUUCCUCAGUGGAUUGCAUUUGUAUCUCUAUUAUUUGUACGCUAAGAAACAACGGCACUGUAAUAUCAGGACAGGCUGAAAUAGCCGUGUUCAAUCUUCUCCAUCUGGAACCUCCUGCCAGGUCCCCUCGACCGUCUCAUUCAUUUGGGCUGCAAAGGCCAGAGAAAGCCCAAAUCUACAGUCCAUCCCUACGGCUAUUUGUAUCAGGCUCAACAUCAAGAAGGCUGAUAGGAGUCUUAAAGAGAAAUUCCUCUCAGAGUGAAGCCUGCUAUCAUCAAAAUGUAAAAUUUGAAUUUAAACUGCUGCAUGCAAAAUAAAGUUAUUCACUUUAAGAUACAACUUCCAUGAUCAGUAUUUCCCUUUACAAAUCCAUAUUGCAUUUUCAUUUGCGAUGUUUGUUUUUCAGGUCUCAGGUUAUUCACAAACAAACAUGACGUAAAAAAUAGUCUAUUU